AUGACGACACAAUCUUCUGCCAUCGCACCGCCUGCACCAGAUGCCGUGGAGGAUACACCAGCUUUAGUUGAAGAACGUAGAGACAGGCUGGUCAAGUAUUUCGAAGACUGCCGCAUUCCUGUUGAAGAGCGGGUGUGGAUCUGUCUCCAUCGACAGAUUGUCCCAUGGGAAGAUGAUGCUGAUCAUCCUACGGAAUGUAACGCAGAUUUUCCUGCCUGCUCGAGCGCACGCGGAGAGUUUCUCGGUAUGGUGGAGUCGAUUGCUGACAUAGAGGGGUGCGAUCAGCGAUGGAUCUGCUUAAAGUGCAAGGCGAGGCAUGUUUCCCGAAUGACCGUAAACGAGCCAUGGAUGAGACACUGUCAGAAGUACCGCACGGUGCUGGAGAGCGAACAGUGUGGAGGAAGUUUCUGUCCCGGAACUCGCACCGGAGGUGCAUGGUACUGGAAAUGCAAAGGUAUUUGUUCUCUCAAGCAAUGGGAUGCAACUGGCGAUCGUAAAAAUGGCACCUUGAGCAGAUCGAACUUCAACCCCGCUAGUCGGAGAGAUUGUCCCUUCCUUGAUCAUCCCGAAAGCGGUUGCGGAGUCACUCUGGACGGCAGUCCUGUCACAUUGGACAAUGUGGCGACCGUGUUCCUCAACAUCCAUCCUGCAUACUUGGCAAAGGAGCAGUGGUGGUUUUUCUGUCACUGCACCCCAGAGCCAGACUGGAAGAUCAAGAGCGCUGGGCCUUGCAAGAGAUGUGGUGUUGACAGAACCUACGCUGAAAGCAAGGCCCGUGAGGAUGGCAAAUUGUGGCAAUUUUAUUUCCGGUAG